AUGCCCCCGACGGCGAGUGUUUGUGUGGCGAUAGUGCUAUUCCUGCUGCACGGUACGGUACAUCAAACGGCUGGGGACAUCCCGGUGGACGAGCCCGAACACGAACAGCUGCUAACGGUUGUGCCCUGCAUUAGACGGCUGUGCGAGAAGUACUUUCGCUCGGAACGGGCCAUGAAGGGUUCGCUGGCGAUCAUCAACAUCAAACCGGACGCGUCCUUGUUUCAGCAGCACAUACUGCGCUCGUUCAAUGAAAACCCGCGGCACGAGCUGGGCGUGAUGGUGAAGGACGCUAGCCGGCCGCACUGGAACGCAUCGCACGUGACGGAGAAGGCAAAGAACUAUCUGAUGUUGAUAGCGGACUCGUCCGCGUUGGCGGCACCGAUCCGCCAGUUACGCCGCUUGCCGACGUGGAACCCGCUGGCCCAGGUUGUGGUACAGUUUACGACCGAGCUGACGCCGCUCGUGUUUGAGAUCGAGGUGCGCAAUGUGCUGCAGGAGCUGUUCGACAAUUCGGUGCUAAAUGUGAAUGUGAUGGUGCAACGGUACAACACAUCGGUGCUGGAGGUGUGGACCUGGUUCCCGUACGAGAGCGGUGGCUGUGCGGAUAAUAUCGACCGACUGCGUCUGGUGGAUGAGUGCGAGUACGUCUUCCAGGAGGCGGAACCGGAGCUAAAUGUCCGCGCCGCGUGGGUGUUUCGUGAGCGGCACUACUUUUCCGACUACGGUCCCAAGAUACCGAAGUACUACAACUACUGUCCGCUCAAGGUGUCAACCAGCAUCUGGGAACCGUUCGUGGUGGGCAACGCGAGCCACAUCGAGAAGGGUUUGGAGGUGCUGAUGCUGGACGCCAUUACCGCCCGGAUGCGGCUGGUACCGGUGUUUAGCGUAAUCGAGUCGGCACUUACCACGGCCCGCAUUACCGCGGACAAUCAGACGGGUUUGUACGCGGAUGUGUUGCAGCGCCGGACCGAUCUGAUGAUUGGUGGAUUGCAUGAGAACCCGAUCAGUCGAAAGCUGCUGUCGGCCACGAUUCCGUACUAUCAGGACGACCUGACGUGGUGUGUGCCGACCGCACGGCACGCACCGAAAUGGUUGAACGUGUUUAUCAUCUUCAACGUGUGGACGUGGCUGAUCGCGAUCGGGAUCAUCUUUGCGGCGGCCGGGCUGCUGUAUCGGUUCAAUUAUGUCGAACGGUUGUAUCGGGUCAAUUACACCUGGAUGUUGCUACAGUCGCUUGCGUUCUCGCUCAGCGUGUACGCACACUACUGGCCGAGGCGCGUCUCGAUACGGCUCUUCUUGAUCGGCUACAUGUUUUACGGGUUGCACUGGAACGCGGCCUAUCACAGCUUCCUGAUUUCGGUGCUGACGCGACCUCGGUACGAGCCUCAAAUUUCUACCAUUCAGCAAGCGAUCCAGGCCGGGUUUGGGUUUGUCGGGGCCGAAAAUACGCUCGGCCACUUCGACAAACCGGAUCCGGUUUCGCGCCACAUAGCCGCCACGUAUCGAGUGUGCCGAAAUUUGGACGACUGUUUGGGACGGUUGCGAAACGAGCGGACGAUCGCGAUCGCGAUGAGUCGGGCCCAUUCGAGCAAUAGUCGUGCGAUCGGUGAGGCUGAGCUGUACUGCUUUCCCAAGGCGGAGAACAUCUACACGUACUCGGUGAGCAUGCUGGCAAAGAAGGACUUCCAUUUGCUGCCUAAAAUCAACGAACUCAUCCGACGGAUCAGCGAGUCGGGAUUGUUGGGCAAAUGGCAGAAGGAGAGCGAAAAGAUUCGCAUCGAUGACGAGGAGGCGGAUGGGGGUGGUGGGGGCGGAGGUGGUGGUGAGAAGAGUGGUGAGGGGCAGACGAUCUUGCGGUUGGAUCAUAUCGAGGGUGCGUUUUAUUUGGGGGCCGCUGGGCUGAUCCUCGCGCUGCUUGCUUUCAUCGGUGAGGUGUUUUACUAUCGGGCAAAGCGCCGGUAUCGAUGGCGAGACAAUCUGGUCGAUCGGUUCCUUUUGUAA